ACCCAGCGUGUCGACUCCGCUCUCCUCCCCACCUCGGGUCUCUCUCCCACAACGUUUCUUCCUCCCCUUUGAGACCUUGCUCGGCCAUGGCGAGGCGCGUGUUGGUCACCGGAGGUGCCGGCUACAUCGGGAGCCACACCGUGCUGCAACUCCUCCGCGAAGGGUUCUACGUCGUCGUCGUGGAUAACCUCGACAACUCCUCCGAGGUUGCCGUCCAGCGAGUCGCGGAACUUGCCGGAGGUUUCGGCAAGAACCUUGCGUUUCACCGCAUUGAUAUUCAAGAUAAAGAAGCAUUGGAAAAAGUUUUUCACACAACAAAGUUUGACGCUGUCAUACAUUUUGCUGGUCUAAAGGCUGUGGGAGAAAGUGUUCAGAAACCUUUGCUUUAUUACAAAAAUAAUAUCAUUGGCACAAUUACUCUUUUGGAAGUAAUGGCUGCACAUGGCUGCAAGAAGCUGGUAUUUUCAUCAUCAGCUACUGUAUAUGGAUGGCCAAAGCAUUUGCCAUGUACUGAAGAAUCCCCUUUGCAUGCAAUGAACCCCUAUGGUCGAACUAAGCUUAUGAUUGAAGAAAUAUGUCGUGAUGUCCAUCAUGCAGACAAUGAUUGGAAGAUAAUGCUUCUAAGAUACUUCAAUCCUGUUGGAGCUCACCCGAGUGGACAUAUUGGCGAAGAUCCUCGUGGAAUUCCCAAUAAUCUCAUGCCAUUUAUCCAGCAAGUUGCUGUUGGUAGGAGACCUUCACUAACAAUAUUUGGAACGGACUAUUCAACCAAAGAUGGAACAGGGGUGAGGGAUUACAUUCAUGUGGUUGAUCUAGCAGAUGGCCAUAUUGCUGCCUUAAAAAAGUUCUUUGACGAUCCUACCACCGGUUGUGAAGCUUAUAAUUUAGGAACUGGAAAGGGGACAUCAGUGUUCGAAAUGGUGACGGCUUUCGAGAAGGCAUCUGGCAAGAAAAUUCCUCUGAUCCUGACCGCGAGACGGCCCGGCGAUGCUGAAACACUUUAUGCCGGCACUGCCAAAGCAGAGAAGGAACUCAAGUGGAAGGCAAAGUAUGGCAUCGAAGAGAUGUGCCGCGAUCAAUGGAACUGGGCGAUUAAGAAUCCCUGGGGAUACGGGUUGCCCGAACCUCCAAACUGAAAAAGAAAAACAAAAAAGCACAGCUUCCUGAUACAAUACCCGAAACCUCGGAAACCUUGACAGCUUACUAACUAAAACGUCAUAUAGAUGUGGAUAGGUCCAACCAGUAUGGCUCUUUUACAAUGAUCCUUGAAUAAGUGAUGGCAUCUUUACUUUUAUUUUAUAGGUAUACCAAUUGUCAUCAGGACAAAUGACUAUCUUAUACAUGAUCAAUAAGAAUUAUGGCGAAAACUUUUGGUAA